GUGUGUUUGGAGGGGUAGAAAACAUUUGAGCUCUGGCUGGCUUCAGUGGCUAGGGAUGUUGUCUUGGAAGAAGUGUCAUGGACCGGGCAUGGCGAGGCUCUUGGGCUUCUGCUGGUUGGUUCUGAUUUUCUGGAGGGGCUCCCAGGCUUGCCCCACGUCCUGCACAUGCAGUACCACUCGGAUCUGGUGCAGCAAUCCUUCUCCUGGUAUCAUGGCCUUUCCAAGGCUGGAACCAAACAGCCCUGACCCAGAGAACAUCACUGAAAUCUAUAUUGCAAAACAGCCGAGGUUAGAGUCCAUCACUGAAGAUGACCUGGAAGGAUACGUGGGCCUGAAAAAUCUAACGGUGGUGGAAUCAGGACUAAGAAUGGUGGCUCAUCAGGCCUUUCUGAAAAACCCCAAUCUGCAGUAUAUCAAUUUCACCAAGAACAAAUUGACAAGUUUGUCUAGGAAGCAUUUUCGUCAUCUCUUCUUGACUGAGCUUACCCUAGCAGGCAAUCCAUUGAAGUGUUCUUGUGACAUCCUCUGGAUCAAGACAUUCCAAGAGACUAAAUCCAAUUCAGAGACUCAGGAUUUAUAUUGCACAAAUGAGAACAACCAGAAGACUGCUCUGAAAGACCUGAAGAUACCCAACUGCGUUGUGCCAUCAGCAAAUCUGAUCACGCCCAAUCUCACAGUCGAGGAAGGGAAGUCCAUCACAUUGUUUUGUAACACAUCGGGAUAUCCAGCUCCUGAUGUAUCCUGGGAAGUCGGUAAUCUGGUUUCCAAACAUAUGAAUGAAACAAGCAAGGCAGCAGCAUCCUUAAAGAUAACUAACAUUUCAUCUGAUGACAGUGGAAAACAAAUUUCUUGUGUGGCAGAAAACAUUGUAGGAGAAGCGCAAGAUACUGUCAACCUCACGGUGCAUUUUGCACCAACUAUCACAUUUCUCGAAUCUCCAACCUCAGACCACCACUGGUGCAUUCCAUUCACUGUGAAAGGAAACCCCAAACCAACGCUGCAGUGGUUCUAUCAAGGGGCCAUUUUGAAUGAGUCUAAGUACAUCUGUACUAAAAUACAUGUUACCAAUCACACCGAAUACCAUGGCUGCCUUCAGCUGGAUAAUCCUACUCACAUGAACAAUGGUGUCUACACCUUAAUGGCCAAGAAUGAGUAUGGCAAAGAUGAGAAGUGGGUGCAGGCUCACUUCAUGGGUCGUCCUGGAAUUGAUGAUGGUACAGACUCAAAUUACGAUAUUGACCUUUAUGGUGGCUAUGAUUAUGAGACCACACCCAAUGAUAUUGGAGAUACUACAAAUAAAAGUAAUCCAAUCACUUCAACAGAUGUUUCCAACAGAGAAAAUGAAGAUAGUAUCACGGUGUAUGUUGUAGUGGGAAUUGCAGCAUUGGUGUGCACUGGUUUGGUGAUAAUGCUGAUUAUUCUUAAGUUUGGAAGACACUCCAAGUUUGGCAUGAAAGGUCCUUCUUCAGUUAUCAGCAAUGAUGAUGACUCUGCCAGUCCACUCCAUCACAUCUCCAAUGGAAGUAACACUCCAUCUUCUUCAGAAGGAGGUCCUGAUGCUGUCAUCAUUGGAAUGACCAAGAUUCCUGUCAUUGAAAAUCCCCAGUACUUUGGAAUUACAAACAGUCAACUCAAGCCAGAUACAUUCGUUCAGCACAUCAAGAGACAUAACAUCGUUCUGAAAAGAGAACUAGGUGAAGGAGCCUUUGGCAAAGUUUUCCUAGCCGAGUGUUAUAACCUCUGCCCUGAACAGGACAAGAUCUUGGUGGCAGUAAAGACACUGAAAGAUGCCAGUGAAAAUGCCCGCAAGGACUUCCACCGAGAGGCCGAAUUGCUGACCAAUCUCCAGCAUGAGCACAUUGUGAAGUUCUAUGGUGUUUGUGUGGAAGGAGACCCUCUUAUAAUGGUCUUUGAGUACAUGAAGCAUGGGGAUCUCAACAAAUAUCUCAGGGCCCAUGGACCAGAUGCUGUGCUCAUGGCAGAAGGCAACCGCCCCACUGAGCUGACCCAAUCCCAGAUGUUGCACAUUGCCCAGCAGAUUGCAGCUGGCAUGGUUUACUUGGCAUCCCAGCAUUUUGUGCACCGUGAUCUUGCCACCCGGAACUGCUUGGUUGGAGAAAACCUCCUGGUGAAAAUUGGUGACUUUGGGAUGUCCCGUGAUGUGUACAGUACCGACUACUAUAGGGUUGGGGGCCAUACAAUGUUACCCAUCCGCUGGAUGCCUCCGGAGAGUAUCAUGUACAGAAAAUUCACCACAGAAAGUGAUGUCUGGAGCCUGGGGGUUGUGUUAUGGGAGAUCUUCACCUAUGGCAAACAGCCAUGGUAUCAGCUCUCCAACAAUGAGGUGAUUGAAUGCAUCACUCAGGGCCGAGUCCUGCAGAGGCCUAGAACAUGCCCAAAAGAAGUGUAUGACCUGAUGCUGGGGUGCUGGCAGCGGGAGCCUCACAUGAGGCUCAACAUCAAAGAUAUCCAUUCCCUCCUUCUGAACUUGGCCAAGGCAUCCCCAGUCUACCUGGAUAUUCUAGGCUAGGGUCCCCACCAACCUUCUACUCCCCAUUGCACUUCCUCAGACAGGCCGAGUGAACGAUUGUGUUCUAGCUGCCGCUGAACUCCACCCAAAUGUGUUCUUAACUGACAGUAUUAAUGACAAAGACAUUGAGAAGCUUUCAGAGGGAAGCAGUGUGCACUUCUCCAUCUGUAGACACAGUAUUGACUUCCUUUUGACAUUAUCAAGUCUUAUCUCUUUUUCUCUCUUUUUUCCCAUCUCCUUGGUUUUUUUCUUUUCUUCUCUCUCUUUCCCCUGCCCCCACCCUUUCUUUCCAAUCAAUCUGGCUUCUGCAUCAUCAUUAUUAUUAUUAUUAUUAUUAACUCUGCAUAGACAAAAGCCUUAAAAAAACACACAAAAACCUGAUUUGUUUUAUCGGCAGAUGCCUGAGUUUGUCCCACUCAACUAACAAUGCCUUCUUGUACUCCUGCCUUUGCAAAGGAUGACAAAAAAAGGGAAAACUUGAGUAUCUGACUCCAACUUUGUGACUUCUGUUGUACAUACAUUGGGAGUUUCUAUGGAUUUGCGUCUAUUUAUUUAUUAUUAUUAUUAUUACUAUUAUUCACAUCAUCAUCACUAUUAUUUGACUGCUUAAGCCCUUGUAUGGAACAGGAAAAGCGAUGUUCUAUCUGGAAAGCCUAUUUCUAUGGCAGAGAGAAGGAAGACUUGUGAUCCACUGUAUGGGAAAUCAACAAAGACUGGAAUCAGCUGGCAUCAGAGCCCACUUGUGAAACUCCAACUCUGUGCGGGAAGGAAGUAUCUGACACAUUCCCCUGAGCACCUUCAUGGAUCAUGGAACUCCAUGCUUUUGGGCUACUCUUUUUCCCCCAUGACCAGAUGCAGUAUGUUAUGGUAGAAAGAAAAAAAAAAGGUUCCUGAAUUUUACAAGGUAGAUGGCAGUAUUAUAAGCUCAGAUGUACCUGUGUCUGUAGGAUAUUGUGAUGCCAAUGGUUUGUUUAAAAAAAAAAAAAAGUGUUCUCCACCAAGCCUUUGGCAAAUCAUGCUAAAAUUAGAUGUAUUUUUUGUACAGUGUUAAUUUCAGGGUCAAGCUUGGAAUCUGAAGGCUUUGGUAAGAUAGGGCAAGCUGUAAAUGCUGAGGCAAAGUUUAUCUUCUAUUGUGCUUAUAUCAGACAGCAUCUCCUGCCUUCCCUCUUUCCUCCCCUUCCCCAUCUCCCCUCUUCACUGUGCAAGCAAAAUCGUGCAUGGUCUUUGUCAAUUAAUACUUUGUGCACAGGAAUUACUGUGCACCCUGAAAGGCAUAGCCAAUCCAUAAAGGUGUAACAUAUUUAAUUAAAGGAAGCUAAUGGAGGUCAUUAGAGACAUUGAAACAUUUCUGCAUUGUAACAGAUAAUGCUAGGCUGGGACGAAUUCAGACCCUGAAACAUGGAGGUCCUAAUGGGUUGGACCAAAAGGAUUGAGAGGGAAGGGUAGUAAUAAAUCCCAGAGGCAACUAAAAUAUAUGUGACUCUGUGGUGAUCCCUUGAUAUUCAGUGCUCUGGUUGGGAGAGUCAUUUCAUUUAGAGCAUCCUUGGCUAUUGGAUGUAUGUAUUGUUGUUGUUGUUUUUAACUUUUUUUUGUUAUGUUAUUAGAUGUGGCAUGGUAUGCCAAUGGGAGACUGCCCAGACUGAGCAUUGGAGGCGAGCUCACAUAGUAAAUACUUUCUGCAAAAAAAAAAAAAUUAUAUAUAUAUGGAUAUAAAUUGAAAUUUAAAGUCCUUGUUAUUAUUAGUGGUACCAAGAAAGAAAUCCCUUUCUAAUCUUUAUGAACACUUGCCUCCCUCUAUGAGGGGGGACUGUUGCUGAAAAAUUGACCUCUUUCUAACACGAGCCAGAUUGAAAAGGAGUCAUUUUUAUUUGUUGUGUGUGUGUGUGUGUUUUUUAUUUCAAAAGUUGUGUUUUGUUUUUUAUGUGCAAUCACUGUAUUGCUGUUUGACUUACAUACAAUUAUUUAUCAAGGUACCACCUUCUCCAUGACAGGCGUUUGAAGCCAGUCCUCAGAAAUUCAAAACAUAAAAUAACAAAGACAAUAAAAAAAUCAAUUUAAAAAUCUCAAACCGACCCUUCCCUAUAAUCUUCUGGUCAGUGAGUGACAGGAUUGAAAUGUUUUCAUUUGUGAGUGCUAAGAAAAUAAUCCAAGAUAGACAUACUAAUAUAAUGAAAGCCAUAGAUAUCAUUAAGGAACCAUAUUACUUUUCAGCCACUGUGGAAAGCGAGAUUGGAAGGAAGGGAUAGAACAGUUUCAUAGGGAGCCUUUUUUGCAAGGCCAUGGAUGUGGACUAAAGCAGGGCAGUAUGGUAGACCCUCCUGGAAGAGCUUUAUCAGGUCGAGUUGAUCUUAUUAGAGAAGUUGGAAGUUGCUUAUUUUUAUUUCAUCCAUUUCUAAUAAGACAAUAGCCUAAAGGGACCAGAUUUAAGAAGAACUGUGCCGUUUUAGGGAAAGGGAUUAUCAGAAUUGAAUGGAAAACUGGGACAAUGGGACCCAGGUUCAUUCUAUCACAAAGCAGUUUUGUCUCCUGGUCUCGACCCACUGGGGGAAAAGAGAAGAAAUGUUCCCUUGCAGUCCAUCAGAAAAGCACUUUGAAGUUGCGAGAUGAAAGGUUCUAUGCAAGUGCAAAGUAUUAUUAUUGAUUGCUAUUUAUUGUUGUUGUCGUUAUUAUUGCUGCUAUUUCUAUUCCUACUGUUUGUGUUCAUGUGAGAGAGAUUCUCUCCUUCCAAGAAAAGAGGCAGGUUCACAAAGAAACUGGACAAGCAGCAAAAACAAACAGAAAACAGCUUGACCUUCUUGGUCCUAAUCCCUUCAUCUCCCCUCAAUGCCUCCCGCCUCCCCCCUGUAUUAUAGGAGUUUUCUCCUAUAAAGUAGAGAAAAUGUCUAGUGGUUUAAGAAUAUGUCUUGCAAGUCAUAUUGCAGGGCAAUCCAAAGAACCCAAUGGCCUAAUCCAAAUCUAGUCAGCCCUAUCUUCCUAAACAAACCAGAUUUUUCUGGGUCCAGCCCCAUUUCUAAGAUGAUUUGAUUGUUAAGCGGUGAAAAACUCUUUGCCAGACUGUCCAUCCUGAGUUAGGGCUCGGGAAAUGUGACCACCACCUUCUAUAUCUUCCCAUUAUGCAGCUUCUGAGAUCGAAUCUGUAGCCCAUGCAAAUGAGCAGUAAACAAAAGAAAAAUCUGAGUUCCUUAAUUCACCCCCUGGGGGUCUAAAAUUAGCUGAAUAAGCAGAAAAGCAAGAGGAGAAAAACAAGAUCACCAAGAGGUGAGCUGCUUCUACACGAAUCAUGCUCACUUUUAAGUAAGCCCUGAUACACUGAGCAAAUAUGACAAUCAGGCAUAUUUAGAAACCUUCUUGGACUAUGCUGAAAAGGAUCAGACAAAUAAAUGACAUUCUAGACAUGUAUAUUUACCUAAGUUCUACAUGUGGUAUUUACAUGUAUUUAUAUAUGUUGCAUUUGGUUUAUACAUGUGCAAACGUGCACACACAGUGUGCUUAUGUGUUGAUGUGUAAAUGUAUACCCCCACAUUCAUAGGGAUAGCUGUCAUUAGAAUAAAAUCUUGUUAGACUGAGCUAACCGGAUAAAUAACCCAAAUUUUAAUUUUUUAAAGAAACCAUCUCCUAGUUAAUGGUUCAUUUCUCUACAGUGGUAGGACAAAUGGAAGACCCUAAGAAUGUUGGUAGGAGCACCAUCACACCCCAUUUUGUGCACCCACCAAUUUCUUGCAUAGCAGAUUGGAUUAAGAAAGUCAUUCUCAGUAUAAAGUUCCAGGACAUAAAAAUUGGAUUUUGUCUUUGUUUUAUGUUCACUCAGUCCCAUCGUUUUUAUAUUGUCCCAGUAUGAUUCUUGUGUCCUCUGGGGAUUUUACACUUGUGUGAAGAAACCAAGAAUUCCAGAGAAAGAACUGGAAUGUUUGGGCCACAGUUCCCCCACCCCACCUCCCUGAGAGAACAAUGGUGAGAAGUCCAAGACCCUGCAAUAAUAGCAGCAAAUGUUAGACACUUCCCACAUUCUCCCCUCAACCUCCCUAAAUCUGCAGAAUACAAGCAGGCUGGAUGGAAUGCACUCUUUUAUAAAGAGCCAAAAACCCCAGGAUACAUGGUAGAGGGCCUCCUUGUCAUAAAUAGACUUCUCCCCUACCCUCACAGUUUUGAAGAACUGCACAGCCCAUAGAGAUAGAUACAUGGUCUCUGACCCAGUAAAUAGCCUCUCCCUCUCUUUCCCUCCCCCCAUCUCCUUCCUCGACCCCCCCUUCUCUCUUCCUCCUUUCUUUCUCCUUCCCCUUCCUUCUCCCUUUUCCCUCCUCUCCUCUCUUCUCCCCUCUCUCUUCCCAUCCUGCCCAUUCCCUCUCUUUUUUUCUUUCCUUCUUUCUAACACUCAGAGAUUUUUUUUUCCUUUGGGGUUGUGGCUUAUCUGUGUCUUGCUGUUACAGAAGAAAUACGAACUAUCUAGGGACAUAAAUGAUGUUCUAAAUCCCUGGAUGUCCAGGUCACCAGUUGAGUAAAUUAGGGAUGAAUAUUUAUACCCACAGAAACCCUCCCUGAGGCUAAGGUAGUUUGUAAAUGGACAUCAAAUGUUAUUCUAAUGAAUUUGGAUUGGGGAAGAGGUCGGAUUUAUAGGUAAAAACCCAGGUUUCUGUGGCACAGAAAGCUUCACGUCUUCUUGCCAUCAGGGCUGGAAUGAAUCCCUACUGCUCCAGCCAAGGGGUCCUUGAAGAAGCUUCCUUUGGGUUGUUUACUUGCAUUUUCCCCUCUUUUUUUUCUUCCUUCUUUGCUACAUUCAUCACAAAUAUGAAGCAAAAAAAAAAAUAAUAACAAAGGUCUGUGUGUUGCAAGCAAAACACUGUGAAUUUCACAACAACAACAAAGCAAUUCUUUUGCCAUCUAAAUAUAUGUCUCAGGAGAAGUGGGGAAAGAUAGGGGGGAUAUUAUUUUACAGUCUAUGCAUUCUAGGGCCAGGUCGAUGUUUAUUUAUCUCUUUGGUUUCUGCAUCAAAAGAGCCCCCAAGCAAAGAGUAACCAGACAUGCAUCUUUUUGAAAAUGAAAUAUAUUGGAUGAGUAUCCCAGAAGCUGCUAGUAGCCAAAUAAUUGAACAGAAAUUGAAAAGGAAGACGAAGUGGAAUGGGAUGUCUAUAGAGGCCAACAUCUUGCAGCUUAUGUGUAUAUUCCUGUCGCUUAAAGAAAAAUCACAAUUUGUGCGAAACAGCUGAAUGUGUUUUAAAUAAUAAGGUCUUUGAUUUAAAUGUGGAUUUCACUUAUGUAACCCUUUAAGAAAUGACCAAAUUAUGAUGAAAUAUUGGUUCCUGCCCUGGUCUUUACCUAUACUUUAUGUAUCUGUGUAGAGACGCAGCAAUGCUAUACAUUUGUGUAUGUAUAUAGAGAGAUGUUUGUAUCUAUCCAGGCAGUAUAUACAUACAUUUCAAUAUCUCUCUAUGGAUAGACUUUCACUAAUCUGUGACCUGGUGUUUCUCUCUCAUCCCCUUUCUCUCUUUCUCCCUCUGUUCAAUUUAUUUUCCUUUAUUUUCCUUUCAUUUUAUUUGUUGUGAUGUCUCUGUACAGAUGCCUAGUGGUUCUCAUUUUUGCAGUCUGUUAUAGAGGUCCAUUGCUUUAAAAAAUAAAAAAAAAGACCCACUUGCAUCUUGGCUGAUUUCAAAGUGACACCUGAGUAUCAGUGUUUAAAAAGCAAGUUUUGUUUGUGAAUCAUGUGACCAGCUUCUCUCAACCUGACAUGGAAAGUCUCUUGUACUACAGUGUAUUUAAUAAAAAUGAUGUCUUAAAAAUAAACAAUGUCAUACAAAAGAAAGAUUA